AUGGCCGAAAUUUCUACAUCCGUCCCUGAGGUGACGAUGGAAGAAAACACGGAAUCGAACAAGUUGACUUCGCAAUCCACCUCAACUGCUGUUAAGCGCAAAGCAGAACAAGACGACCGUGAUGGCCAGUCACAGGAUCCAAGAAAUGACAAGCGACGCAGAGGGGCUGCGCCAAUCAAGGAGGAAUUUUUGAUCUUGGAUGAUGAUACCGCGCAAGCGAAGCCACAACAGGAUCAAGUUGAUGAUGACGCUGCGGAAGCUUUUCACCACAAUGAUCGGCAGCCCGACGGUCAAAACUCAAAGGGCAAACGCCGGCAGAAACAGACAGGUCAAAACAAAGCACGUGACUAUGGGAGUUCGAGGGAUGCAGUAGGGUUGUGCUCGUCCAGGAAACACGCACCUGAAUUUUCACCAGGGGCCUGUGGUUUUGGAGACAAGUGCAAGUUCGCUCACGACCUCAGAGACUAUUUGAAGCAGAAACGCGAGGACAUCACAACGUUCAAUGGCAUAUGUCCAGUGUGGGAGACGAAAGGGCGGUGUCCUGUGGGUUGGAAAUGCCGAUUUGUAGGCUCUCACUCGAAAGAAGUUGAACGCGAGGAUGGCCGCAAGGAACUGGUACUCGUUGAGGAUGCUGCAAAGAUGGCUACCUAUGCCCAGACGUCGGAGGAAGAUGGCGAAGUCGGCGUCACGAACACAAUCAGUUAUCAGCAACGUAUGACCUUGACGAAAAGACAGAUCGAUACUCCUUUGUCUCACAAGUUUCUGCAAUGGUUAGAGCGCCAGAGUCAAAAUCCAUCAGACCAAGGCCGAUACCAAGAGGCGAAAAUCACUUCUCUUCGCAACUCAUCAUCACCUGAGCCAACAAAUGGAAGUGCUGAGAAGCAUGACUCGAUAGCGUCGUUCCAAGACCCACCAUUGCGGCCAUCGGAGAAGAGACGGCUAUACUUUGGUGCUGAGACAUCUAUUCUUGCACCUCUCACAACACAGGGCAACCUUCCCUAUCGCCGGCUGUGUACGUCCUUGGGAGCCACGUUCACUUACUCGGAGAUGGCUAUGUCUCUGCCAAUUCUGCAGGGACAGAAGUCCGAAUGGGCACUGAUGAAGGCACACGAAUCAGACGUACAGCCACCAACUUUCACCGCCAAGGGGAAUAUUGUCUACGACUAUGAUCAAAGUCGAGAUCUCAAAUUCGGUGCACAAAUUGCGGCCAACAAACCUUGGAUCGCAGUCAAAACCACUGAGGUUCUGACAACACUUCUCCCCAAAGGACUGAGAGUGGUUGAUCUCAACGUUGGCUGUCCAAUUGACCUAGUCUAUAGGGAAGGCGCAGGCUCAGCAUUGAUGGACACGCCUUACAAGCUGGAGAAAAUGCUUCGUGGCAUGAAUGUGGUGUCAGGCGAAACGCCUGUGACGGUGAAGAUUCGAAUGGGCACGAGAGACAAGCAACCCACAGCCCAGAAAUUGGUCGAUCGAUUGGUUUUAGGUUCGCCAAGUAGUCGAGGUGAUAACUGUGGCGUUGCGGCUAUCACUCUCCAUGGACGUUCAAGACAGCAACGCUACACUCGAUCCGCAGACUGGGAGUAUAUCGCUCAAACUGCAGCUUUGAUCAAGAGUCUGAACGAGAAGACCGACUUACUUGUCGAUACUGUAGGCGAGGUCGAUGAGCGUGACUUGCCCAAUGGCCAUGAGAAGUCCAAGAACGGCAAAGUUUUCUUUCUCGGUAAUGGCGAUGUUUUCUCCCACGAACACUACUAUGAUCACUUCGAACAUGCAGGUGUUGAUGGGGUUAUGGCUGGCCGAGGUGCGCUGAUCAAGCCAUGGCUUUUCGAGGAGAUUCAAGCUGGCCAGUAUCUCGACAAAUCAUCGUCAGAGCGACUUUCCAUUAUUGAGCGCUUCUGCAGAUAUGGCUUGGAGGCAUGGGGUAGUGAUGAGAUUGGUGUGGGGCAGACUCGACGAUUUUUACUUGAAUGGCUCAGUUUCGCAUGUCGUUAUGUACCGAUUGGACUUUUGGAGUAUCUUCCGCCAAACAUCCAGGAUCGACCACCACGUUUCCGCGGUCGUGAUGAGUUGGAAACACUCAUGGCGAGCGACAACUACCUGGACUGGAUCAAGAUCAGGUAA